AUGACCGACCGGAAUGCCUCUACCAUGGGUAAGGGCGCUGAGCAGGAGCCUGCCAAAGGCGACGAUGGCAAGGCUGUGAAUCGCGACAAGAGCUCGAAUGCCACUGCUUCUGGGAAUAACAAGGCCCCUACGAAAAAGAGACGCAAAGUCAAUCACGUUGAUGAAUCGGACGCUCAGUCCGAUAUGGCUCGUAGCUCGAUUUCUAGCACCAUGGGCCCACCUCCCCCAGCGUUUGACACGACGAGGCAGCACCGAGGUUCCAAAUCUUUUGGGGGAAUGCUGGGUCAAGGAAGCCCACUGUCCAUUGUGCAACCCGGCCAGGUCUCGGGCCUGCAGGGCAAUGCGUUGAACAACGGCAACAGUAAUGCGAAUCAAUUUGCGGGCUUCCAAGAUGCGUGGAUGACAGCUCAGAACCAUUUUCAUGAUAUGCACAGCUAUCACCCCAACUACAUGAUUGCCUCAGAAGUCACUCACGAGUUCAAUCUUCUCAACGAUUUCCUCCAUACGAGUCUACUCGAUGACGGUAGUGUGCCGCCAGAGGAACAACAGAGCCCGGCAUUCAAGCGGUCGAGCCAGAGCCAGUCGGAGAUGCUACCCGGGUUUGGAAAUAACACCAACACCUCUAUGGGAGCCGGUGGUUCAAACACCAUGUCAAACAUGACAGAGGGAUCAAUGCUGCCACCCCCUCCGAAUGUUGAAGGCAAGAACAUUCCACGACCGGGAAGCGUUGUGCCCGCCGACAAGGCUCGCGAAUACUAUCUACAAGCCGCCGACCCAUCAGGCAACGACACGCCAGAGGAGCGAAUGGCACGUGUGCUCAGGGCCAAGUACGACGCUGGACUGUUGAAGCCGUUCAAUUACAUCAACGGUUAUUCUCGCUUGGGUGCAUAUCUCAAUUCACACAUCACAACAGCGUCACGGGAAAAGAUUCUAAGGACCAUCGCCCGGUUCAGGCCCGCUUUUCGAGAAAAGGCACAUGCUUUGACGGAUAUGGAACUUGUGUACGUUGAGAUGUGGUUUGAGAAACAGCUCAUGGACUACGACCGGGUGUUUGCAAGCAUGGCAGUGCCCGCGUGCUGCUGGCGAAGAACCGGUGAAAUCUUCAGGGGCAACAAGGAGAUGGCAGAGUUGAUUGGCGUGUCAGUAGCUCAACUGAGAGAUGGCAAAAUCGCGUUGCACGAAAUCCUCACAGAAGAAUCAAUGGUGCGAUACUGGGAAGAGUUUGGCACGAUUGCUUUCGAUCCAGCGCAUGAGACCCUCUUGACGGCCUGCUCUCUGAAGAAUCCAACCCCUGGGUCAACGCAUCCAGUUGUGAAAUGUUGUUUCUCGUUCAUGAUCAGAAGAGAUGAGCACAAACUGCCAGCUCUGAUUGUUGGUAAUUUCUUGCCGCAUGACCCACCAGCACAAUAA